AUGGAUCCUAUGGAGAGCAUGUCCUUGACCGGGAGCCGCAUCCCCGCGGGCUUCAAUGCCGAGGAUGCUGGCAACAUGGAAGAUACAGCAAUUGCCUCUCCGUCCCGCCUAAAGAAGUUGAGCCGAGCUAAUCACGACGAGCAGAUAGAGAAGCAGUUCGCCGUCAAAGCUGUGAAGUACCUGAAAGCACACUGGCGAAUUCUCGAGGCCCAACCUGCCUCCACCGGACGCCUGACCAAGCUGGACGAUGAGAUUUACGAGCACUUCAGGAGGGACUUUCCUGAGGUCGACCCUAAGGUAAUCAAUGAGGACGAAAUGAAGAGCAAGACGGGCAAGGAGCGGUGGCGCAAGUUCCUCAUGUCGUAUGAGAAGAAGAUACAGGACUACAACUUUGGCACCAUACUACGUGUCAGUGCCAAGGACACGUACGAUCAGGACAACACUAUUCUCGUCCCCCGCAUGCAGUUCUAUGCUAUCGAAAUUGCCCGCAACAGGUUGAAAUACAAUGACGACAUCUUCACAAAGGCGGAGGAGAGAAGAACAAAGUUUGAGGCCAAAGACAAAGAGGUUGAGGCCAAAAGGACUGAGGCCAAAAAGGCCAAGGGCAAAUAA